UUUCUCUCUGAACCUCAGCUUUCCGUCAUUUGCUCAGUUUUUCCUUCAAAGAAAAGCUCCGUUUCUCCUCUCAGAACGGGAAAAGAUCGGAAUCCAUUGCCAUUGCUUUCUGAAAACAACUGGGUUUCGGCUUCCAUGGAGACAUUGAAACCAAAAUCUUCGAUUCGGAGCAAGAGCAAGAUCGCGCGAACUUUCCAGAAGGUUUGCAGCCUGAGAAGCGCCUCCUCGACGAAGGUUUCGUCUAACAAUGGAAUCGGCAUCUGUGUGCUCAAGUCACGGAACCAUAAUUUCGACGAUGACGAGGAUGAUGGAGACUCCGUCUUCGACCUGCGGAGCACGGUGAGCAGCAGGAGUGCCGGAGAGACUCGAGAUCGGCGGAGAGCGGUGCUCGAGGCGGUGGUGGCCAAGAUCUUUGCGAGCGCAACAGCCAUUAAAGCUGCUUAUGCGGAGCUUCAGAUGGCGCAGCGUCCGUACGACAACGCCGCGAUUCAGGCGGCGGAUCAAGCGGUGGUCGACGAGUUGAAGGCGUUGUCGGAAUUGAAACGUAGUUUUCUGAAGAAAGAGCUGAAUCUGUCGCCGCAGGUGACGAUCAUGCUCGCAGAGAUCCAGGAGCAGCAGAGCUUAAUGAGGACGUACGAGAUCACGAUCAAGAAGCUCGAAUCGGAUGUUGGGGAGAAGCAAUCGAAGAUCGAUUCGAUGAAGAAGAAGCUCAACGAUGCCGUCGAUUUCAACAAAUCUCUGGAGAAGAAACUCACCGCGAGCGGAUCGCUCUCUCUGUUCGACAACUUCCAUUUCCACAAUUUGAAUUUCAGCCACUUUGUCCAGAUUCUAAGCUAUACAUUGAGAUCCAUACGAGGCUUCGCGAAGACGAUGGUGAAAGAGAUGGAAUCGUCCCAGUGGGACCUCGACGCCGCCGCCGCUGCUGCCUCCUCCGCCGCCGUGUUCGCAAAGCCAAGCCAUCUACCAAUUAAAGUGUGUGUGUUAGAAGCUUACAUACAUUAA